AUGCGCGUGUACAGACCGAGCGCUCAAGAUCGGUGCCGGUCUUAUGAUAACGACCUAGCAAACGACCGUAUUUGUAAAACGCAAAUAUAUAGACUAGAAGCUAUACACAGGAUUGGCAACAAAGCCGGCAGCGACUCAGACAAAGCUAGAACAUGCCUCACUCCAGUGUCAGCUUGUCUCACAGAAACUACUGAGUACUAA